AUGGAUUCUCAACCUAUUUACUAUUCAUCUGAAAGUACUUUCAGCUCUAAGCUCAAGCAAAACAAUCAUGCAUUGAAUUCUUUCAUUGCAUCUGCUGAAUCCAUAACCAAUUUUCAAGAUUCAUUAAAAACUUCCAAAGUAUUCAAUGAUCCUGUUCAUGGUCACAUUGAACUGGAUGGUGUCUGUAUGCAAGUCAUUGACACACCACAAUUUCAACGACUUAGAGAACUCAAACAGACUGGAGCAGCUUGCUUUGUUUUUCCUGGUGCAACUCAUACUCGCUUUGAGCAUUCAAUCGGUGUAUGCCAUCUUGCAAAUGAAAUGAUUCAGCAUUUACGCUACAAACAGCCUGAACUAGGAAUCACUGAUAAUGAUAUCAAAUGUGUCCGACUUGCUGGUCUCUGUCACGAUCUUGGACAUGGUCCUUUCUCGCAUUUAUUCGAUUCAGGAAUUGUCGCUAUAACUCAUCCUGAAUUAAAAUGGUCCCAUGAGCAAGGCUCUGAAGAUAUGCUGGAAUAUUUGGUCAAGGAUAAUUCUGUAGAUAUUACACACCAAGAGCUUGAAUUCAUCAAGGAUCUUAUUCACGGAAUUCCCCGUGGAUCAUAUCCACAAGCUCAAAAAACUUAUUUGUUUGAAAUUGUCGCAAAUCAGCGCAAUUCAAUCGAUGUUGACAAGUUUGAUUAUAUUCAACGAGACACGCUACAUAUUGGACUAAAGUCUAGUCUAGAUGCUGGCCGUCUCAUUAAAUUUGCAAGAGUAGUUGAUGGUCAAAUAUGUUUUCAUCAAAAAGAAGCCAUGAAUCUUUGCGAGUUAUUCCAUACUCGCUACUCACUUUUUAAAAGAGUAUAUACACAUAAAGUAUCUGCUGCAAUCGAGUAUAUGAUUCAAGAUGCACUGGUUGCUGCUGAUCCUUAUUUGAACAUCACCAGUGCCAUCAAUGAUAUGGAAAGAUAUGUUCAUUUAAAUGAUUCUAUACUGGGUCAGAUUGAACGAUCAACCUGUCCAGAACUUGAAGCUUCUCGAGAAACGUUAUUACGGAUGCGCAAGCGAGAUCUUUAUCGUUUGGCAGAUCAAGUGAUUGUGCCUCAAGCACUUCAACAACGCUUGACAAAACUACACAUUUCUCCCGAGUGUAUUGUUCAAUGCCACUUGGAGCUGUGCAAAUCAGUUGAAAGAUCCUCACCAUACUCUACCCUGGUAGCCAACGAUAUUAUUGUUCAAUGGCUUAAACUCAACUAUGCUACAAAAGAUCGACAUCCACUUGAAUCCAUCCGAUUCUAUCGAAAAUACGGAAACGAUGAAUCUAUAUCGCUUUGCAAAGGUCAAGUUUCUUCAUUCAUUCCAGAACACUGCCAAGAACUCACUAUUCGUGUAUAUUCCAAAAUAUACGAAAAAUCUGGAUAUGUUCAACGCGCAUUC